CAGCAGCAGUAGCUCCUGAGCUGUAUGACGAGUUGGUUGUGUGUGUCAUUCUUCUCCGUGGAUUUUAUAACCUGUGUUCAAUCUUCCACCGCCUACUCGCCAUUUAAUUUACACGCUUAUCGCAUGACCAAGUCUCCGUGAGCGUCGAUGUGAAUACCUCGGACCGCACCCGCUGGCAACGCGCCGCCUGAGCCAUGGUAGUUCUCAUCGGGAGGUUGGAGGUGGUGGUUGUCGAGGCGAGGCAGCUACCUAACUUGGACGGUGGCUUGUUGAGAUCUGGUGAUAAAAGUGACCCGUACUGCAUAGUUCAGGUGACUGGAGCCUCCGGCACGCUACGUCUCGGCAAAACACACACUAUUGAUGACUGUCUUAAUCCAAAGUGGUAUUACAAAAUCAAUUCAGACCUUCAACAAGAUGUUUCUGGAUUGAGUUUUGUUGUCAAAGACAAAGAUUUUGUGUCGUCUGAAGUCAUCGGCACGUGUAGUGUUUCUGUAGAUAAAUUCACCACAGGCCACCACUUCGAUAGCAGCCUUGAUUUGAUAUCCCCUAAAGGUAAACCGGCCGGACAACUCUUUGUGAAUGUGAAGUUCAGUGGAACAGAUACAAUAUCAAACCGCCAUCCCAGCUUACAAGAUAAAGCCAAACUCAAGGCUAGCGAUUUUUCAAGACGUGUGUCUCGUGGCAUUGGCUGGGGUGACGCUCCCGCGACUGAUUCAUUUUCUUUCUCUAACUCCGAGAUGGCAUUCUUACACGGCGUCCUGGAAGUUGAAAUUUUAGAAGCAAGCAACCUUCCUAAUCUUGAUAGCUCGCUUCUAAGUUUAAAGAAGAAAGACGUUAGUGAUCCGUUUGUUGUAGUUACUCUAGAGGACGAAGAAGGAGGCUCGUGGAAAGUUUGCACAACUAGUGUCAUUGAUAAUAACCUUAACCCACAAUGGAACGAAACUUUCAGAGUAGAUGUGUGCCACAAUGUGGUAUCAGUUACCUUCACGGUCAAAGACAAGGAUUUUGUUUCAUCGGAAACUAUGGGCUCGGUUAAAUUCACUGCCGAGGCCUUAAACGCUGACAAUACGCUCGCUGGGAAAUUUGAUCUCAUUUCGUCCAAAAGCAAGAAAGUUGGCCAACUGACUUUGUCGAUCACUUACCGAUCCAAGGUGGACUCUACUUCUAGCCCUGAGGUACCGGGCUGCCUUUAUCCCAUGCGCCAAAAUAAUAUGGUACGGCUGUAUCAGGAUACUCAUUGUCCUGCCCUCCCGAUGCCUGUUGUGGACCUCACCGGACAGCCUUACGAGUGUCACAGGGCGUGGCUUGAUCUCUACAAUACCUUGAAUGAAGCACAGCACUUUAUUUACAUAGUUGGAUGGAGCGUAAGUGCAAAGAUCAGCUUGUUGCGAUGGGAAGGAGAAGACCAGAGAACCUUGGGUGACAUUUUACUUCACAAAGCCAAUCAGGGAGUCGCCGUCUGCUUAUUACUUUGGGAUGAAAUCACGUCCAAUGAUAUCAGGAAAACUGGUGCCAUGAGUACUCAGGAUGAGGAAACGAAAAACUUCUUCAAAGGAUCAACUGUUAGAGUUGUGUUAGCUCCCCGUGACCGCUAUUCAAAAGACAUGUUUUCAACGAAAACGCAGUUUACAAGCGUUUGCUACACCCAUCACCAGAAAGUCGUGAUUGCAGAUGCAGCGAACGAAGAUGACCCAACACAUCGUCACGUCGUUGCUUACGUCGGUGGUUUGGAUCUGACAGGCGGACGGUUCGAUACUCCCGAGCAUCCAUUGUUUCGAACUCUAGUGGCUGAGCACAAGAAUGAUUUCCGAAACAAAAUGCACUUAUCAACAAGUGCGUCAGGACCUCGAGAACCUUGGCACGAUAUUCACAGUCGUGUUGAAGGCGCAAUAGCUUUAGAUUUGUUCGCAAACUUCGAAGAGCGAUGGUCUAAACAAGGAGACCCCGAUUUCACUACGCUCACUGGGCCUUUGAGAGGGGUCCAACGUGAACAUAGUUUCCCUAAUCCCAACAACUGGAAUGUUCAGAUGUUCCGCUCAAUUAAUUCUGACUCGGCUAUUUUCAACUGGCAGACAGUCAUCGGCGACGCUCUGACCCACAAAAAAGGACGAGCUUACGACAACAGUUUGCAUCGCGCCUACAUCCACCAAAUCAGGAGAAGCGAACGCUUCAUUUAUGUGGAGAACCAAUAUUUCCUGGGAAGCAGCCAUGUUUGGCUGGACUGCCGUGAUGCUAAAGCCGGCAACUUGGUCCCUUUGGAAAUAACUCGCAAAAUCGAGGAAAAAAUCAUCAAGGGACAACAGUACACGGCGUAUAUCGUCAUUCCAAUGUUCCCUGAAGGCAAGCCUGCUGAUAAAGUAACGCAAGAAAUUCUUCACUGGCAGUUCAGGACAAUCGAAAUGAUGUACAAUCGCAUUGGCGCGGCCUUGCGAAGCGUGAGUUCUAACGCUCAUCCUCAAGACUACCUCCUGUUCUUCUGUUUGGGUAAAAAAGAAGACGCGCGGACAGUGCCUGACUCGCUCACUCCUCCGGAAGAUCCAGCAGCUGCUGCAGCGUUUGCAAGCAAGCGUCUAAUGAUCUAUGUUCACUCGAAGAUGGCAAUCUUUGACGAUGAAUACAUCAUCGUUGGAUCAGCCAACAUCAACGAUCGCUCACUGAGCGGUAACCGUGACACUGAGAUCGCCAUAGGGGCUUAUCAGCCUUUUCCCGGCAGUCCUGGAACUGGAAAAGUUGGCGGCUUCCGUAGAUCUCUGUGGGUGGAGCACUUAGGCACCGUGGCCCCCAUCUACAUGGACCCCAGCGGGUGGGAGUGUGCGCGCAAGAUGAAGGAGUUGGGUGAGCAGGGGCUUGAAGCUUACCUGAAAGACGAUGGAAUCGCGUUAGAUCAACAUUUGCUGUUGUAUCCACUUCAUGUCGGUGAAGAUGGCAGAGUAACGGCCUUCCCCAACUGCACGUGCUUUCCUGACACAAACGCCAGCGUUAUUGGUGCUCGUUCGAAAGUCUUCCCCAGUAGUCUUACUACGUGAAGUUCUUUUGUCAUGUUAAUUUUUCUUUGGAUGCUUAUGAAGAACUUUAAUUUUUUACAGUGUAUGUAAAAUGUGUGACUUUUAUUUUUCUUCCACUCUGAACCUUCAUAAAACGCAGAUUUUCAUGUUAACAGUCGUUAUUUUCAGCGAUUGCAAAUUAACUGGAGGUUUUUACAAUCUAGCACUGUUUUAAUUACUUUAAAUUUUUAUGUUUAAUUUUUGGUUGCUUUUUUGUGGAUGAAGCACAAAUGCCUUACAAUCUAGUAUGUCAUGUUUUUUGAGAACUUUAUUCUUAUUAUCCGUUUUAGUUGUAUAAAAUAAAUCUUGAAGUUUAAUGAUAAAUUUACUUGUAAAUUCUGCAAGUAAAAGUUAUUCGCGGAAUUUUCUAGCGCUGUCGAUUAACUCACGCACAUAAUGCAGGAAAACAUUGCUAAAACGUACGUCGCUGCGAUUAAGUAAGGAAAAAGUUGUUGCACCAAACUCUACGUAAUUAGUUCUAUGUAUCGAAGUAUGAUUCAUUUGUUUAUGAAAAUUUUUUGCACCGCAUUGGCGUUCAUAAUUGGUUUACCAACAUAUUAGAAUUUUUUGUCAUAAUGUUUUACUUGAACUCCUCUUUUCCUGCACCUAGUUGAUUGUAAUACUUUUUUACGUAAAGGCUUAUGAAUAUUUGAUCCAGCUGACGGUCGCUGAACGCCGCUCGCCGGCUGAUGAUCGUUGAAUAAUUUUUUUUCGCUUGACCGUUGUUCGUGCAAGUCUUUAUGAAAUGCAGCUAUAGUACGUGCUACUUUUUAGGUGCUAUCCUACUUGCUAAUAACUUUCUAUUAGUCAAGCCGUUGAUUGGGUGUAACUAACUAAUCGGUCUUUGAAGGUCGAUCAGAGUGGUUUACUGUUGAUUGUACGAAAAUUUUGUGAGUGUUUUAUUCAUGUGAUCAUUCCCAGCUUAUUUCGAUUUAGGAUUAUUCCCAGCUCAUUUUAACUUGUGAUUAUUCCCAGCUCUUUAUUAACUUGUGAUUAUUCCCAGCUCAUUUUAACUUGUGAUUAUUCCCAGCUCUUUAUUAACUUGUGAUUAUUCCCAGCUCAUUUUCAACUUGUGAUUUUCUCAGCUCAUUUUCAACUUGUGAUUAUUCCCAGCUCAUUUUUAACUUGUGAUUAUUCUCAGCUCAUUUCAACUUGUGCUUAUUCCCAGCUCUUUUUCAACUAUGAUUAUUCCCAGCUCAUUUCAACUUGCGACUAUUCUUAACUCAUUUCAAAGAAUUUGGGCUUCAGAAUUUACUUAUUAUUAUUAUGAUUGAUUAAUUUGUUUUAGUUAUAUUUUGCAGGCAAUUGAUUACACGUUUUCUCUUUA